UGAAUGAGAAGGGAACAAUAAUACCUAUGAGCAAGUAAUAUAUAAUCACGAGCUGCUAAGGAAGGCUGAGCCCUUUACGGUUUCAGAGUUUCAAUUCAGUCAGCUGGAAAAAGCAAAUUCUAUUGUGAUGACAGAGGCAAUAGGUUUUGAUUUGGCUAACUUGUACAAGGCUAUAUCUGAGAACAAUUGGCCUGCUGCGAAAGAAUUCAUUGAUCACCAUCCUAGGGCCUUGAACCAAGAACUUGAGGCUUCAACAGGCGAAACACCUCUCCAUGUGGCUGUAAAGUUUGGGCAUUUGAGCAUUGUAGAGGAAUUGGUUAGAUUAGUUCCACCAGAACACCUUCAAAAACUUGAUGCGCAUGGCUAUACUCCACUUGGAAUUGCUGCAUCACACAGGGGAAUCGUUCCAAUAGCGAAAUGCUUGGUUGAUAGAAAUAGCAAUGCACUUUCUAUUCCAAAUGGACAGCUUAAAUUGAUUCCCGUUACAUUGGCUUUUCGUGUUGGCCUCUAUGAAAUGGGACGUUAUCUCUAUUCUGUCACUCCUUUGCAAGUCUUCAAAUCAGAAAAUGGCCCUUUGGGUCCUUCGUUUCUCAGAGGCUGUUUCGUCACUGGAGAUCUUGAUGUUGCCUUGGAUUUGCUUCAACGAUGUGAAGAGCUGAUUUUUGCUGCCGAUUUUGGAUACUCAACAAUUGAGAACAUUGCAUUCUAUCUUUCUGAUUCUCUCAACAAAAGUCAACUUCGCUUCUGGAAGCAAUGGGUUUAUUACUAUAUCAAAAUACCAUCAACCAUGACAGCUAAUCAUUUCUGUGUAGACAUGCAACAAGAAGACAAGAUUAGUAACAAAGCCGAAGGACUAAAUGUACUAUGGUUGAUCACAUCCCUCCUUUAUAAUUUGUUUGGAAUGAAGGAAAUACAUAAGCGGAAGUUGCAACAUUCACGAGCAACUGAAAUACUAAACCUGGUUUGUAAGAAUCUAACGUUUCUAAGUGAGGAUAAAAGGCCUAUGAUUGCCAAAGCACUGUUGACGGCGGCUAAAUUAGGAAAUGUUGAGUUUUUGUUUAGGGUAUCAACGGCAAACCCAGAAUUAAUCUCAAUGGUCACUUUUUCUCAACGAAAGGGGCAUGCUUUCUUCAAUGCUGUUGAAUAUCGUCAAGCUGAGGUUUUCAACCUUCUUCGUGGGUUUCACUUUAGGAAUGUGGUAGCAGCAAUGUUCAAUGAGAAUCACGACAACUUGCUGCACACGGCAGCCAAGUUGGCUCCUGCUUCCCAACUUAACCGCAUCCCUGGUGCUGCUCUAAAAAUGCAAAGGGAAUGGCAGUGGUUCAAGGCAGUAGAGAGUGUGGUGAAUCUUGGAAUUGAGCUUCGUCUAAAUAAAGAAGGGUUGACCCCUCUGGACUAUUUUAAAAAGAAUCACAAAGAACUCAGGAAUGAAGGAGAGAAAUGGAUGAAAGAUACUGCAUCUUCUUGCUCAGUUGUUGGUGCUUUAAUCGUUACGAUUGUGUUUGCCACAGCUUUUACUGUUCCGGGUGGAAACGAUCAAGCAUCUGGGUAUCCAAUAUUUCUGAAGGAAAAGUUGUUCAAAGUUUUUUUAAUUUCAGAUGCAGUGUCCUUGUUUGCUUCUACUACUUCUGUGCUUACAUUUUUAGGAAUCCUCACGUCACGCUAUGCAGAAGAAGACUUCCUUUACUCCUUACCUACAAAACUGAUCAUAGGCCUUUCUACCCUUUUUCUCUCAAUUGCAACUAUGCUGAUAGCCUUUUCCGCAACAAUAAUCAUCAUGUGGCAACAUAACUCAUCACCUUCAUGGGUUUUUCUCCCUGUUAUUAUGGUUGCCAGCGUGCCAUUGAGUCUCUUUGUUUUAUUACAGUUCCCUCUUCUUGUUGAAAUAAUUUCUUCUACUUAUGGUCCAGGCAUCUUCCACAAGAAGGUGAAGAAGUGGCCAUGAAAUUUGUGUGUACUUCAGGCUUUAAUUUGCACAUUUAGAACAUAAACAUGUUGAUGCAUGAAUACUCCGGAUAAAGUAGUUCUAAAGAGGUGUGUGUUUUUAA